CCCCUGCAUAAAUACCCCUCCUCUGAGCAGCUCCAGCAGAUCUGCCUUCUGCCUCCGAAUCCUCGAGUCGGCCCGAAGGAAAAGCUACAAAAUGCGCGAGUGUAUUUCUAUGCAUGUCGGCCAAGCCGGGGCCCAGAUGGGAAACGCGUGCUGGGAGCUGUACUGUCUGGAGCACGGCAUCCAGCCGGACGGACAGAUGCCGAGCGAUAAGACCCUCGGAGGCGGAGACGACUCCUUCAAUACUUUCUUCAGCGAGACGGGAGCCGGGAAACACGUGCCACGAGCCAUCUUUGUAGAUCUGGAGCCCACUGUGAUUGAUGAGGUUCGAACGGGCACCUAUCGCCAGCUGUUCCACCCAGAGCAACUUAUCACAGGAAAAGAGGAUGCUGCCAAUAACUACGCCCGUGGCCACUACACCAUCGGCAAGGAGAUCAUUGACCUCGUCCUUGACCGCACUCGUAAACUGGCAGACCAAUGCACGGGUCUCCAAGGCUUCCUCAUCUUCCACAGCUUUGGUGGGGGCACCGGCUCUGGCUUCACCUCCCUGCUGAUGGAGCGUCUCUCCGUCGACUACGGCAAGAAGUCCAAGCUGGAGUUCGCUAUUUAUCCAGCUCCCCAGGUGUCCACUGCUGUGGUGGAGCCCUACAACUCCAUCCUGACCACCCACACCACCCUGGAGCACUCCGACUGUGCCUUCAUGGUGGACAAUGAAGCCAUCUACGACAUCUGCCGCAAGAACCUAGACAUUGAGCGUCCCAGCUACACCAACCUAAACAGGCUCAUUGGUCAGAUAGUCUCCUCCAUAACGGCCUCCCUCAGGUUUGACGGAGCCCUGAAUGUGGAUCUGACGGAGUUCCAGACCAACUUGGUGCCCUACCCUCGUAUCCACUUCCCUCUGGCCACCUACGCCCCCGUCAUCUCCGCAGAGAAGGCCUACCACGAGCAGCUGUCUGUGGCUGACAUCACCAACGCUUGCUUUGAACCAGCCAAUCAGAUGGUCAAGUGUGACCCUCGUCACGGCAAAUACAUGGCCUGCUGUCUGUUGUACCGAGGCGACGUUGUUCCCAAAGACGUCAAUUCUGCCAUUGCAACCAUCAAGACCAAACGCACCAUCCAGUUUGUGGACUGGUGCCCCACUGGCUUCAAGGUGGGCAUCAACUACCAGCCCCCCACUGUGGUGCCCGGUGGAGACCUGGCCAAGGUGCAGAGGGCCGUGUGCAUGCUGAGCAACACCACCGCCAUCGCCGAGGCCUGGGCCCGUCUGGACCACAAGUUUGACCUGAUGUACGCCAAGCGCGCCUUCGUGCACUGGUACGUGGGGGAGGGCAUGGAGGAGGGCGAGUUCUCCGAGGCCAGAGAAGACAUGGCCGCCCUGGAGAAGGACUACGAGGAGGUGGGCACAGACAGCGUGGGCGACGAGGAUGAGGAAGGAGAGGAGUACUGAAGAAGCCACGUUAGAUUCCUGCUGUGUCAUGCUAGACAGCAGGCAUGCCUUAAUAAUGCUCAUCAGGGAUACCAUUGGACUUUCAUAAAAUACUGAUGUUAUUGCAUUCCAUGCACUUGCUUUUCCAGUGUUAUUGCAAUAAAUAAUUUGAGCAAAUAUCUCAGAUAUAA